AUGGAGGAGCUGCAGUCGGAGCUGGAGGCACUGCGCGGCGCGGAGGAGAAGUAUAAGGAGCAGUGCCACUCCAUGGAGGAGAUGCAGUCGGAGCUGGAGGCACUGCGCGACGCCGAGGAGAAGUAUAAGGAGCAGUGCCACUCCAUGGAGGAGAUGCAGUCGGAGCUGAAAGCACUUCGUCUUCGUGUGCUGGCGUUGGAAUAUCAGCAUCACAUUGUGGAGGAGAUGCAGUCCGAGAUGCAAGCACUGCAGCACCGUAUUGAGCAAUUAGAGGUUCAUCGCUACUCUGUUAAAGAGCUUCAGUUAGAAGUGGAGACAUCACGUCAACUAGGUAUUGAAGACGAGGAGGAGGCCCACUCUUUUGAGCAGAUACAUUUGGAUCUGGAAGCACUGCGUCACACCGAGGAGAAGUAUAAGGAGCAGUGCCAUUCCAUGGAGGUGCUGAAGUCACAAUUGGAGGCACCUGGGAAGCAAGAGAAGGAAUUUGAAGAGCAGACGCACUCUAUGCAGGAGCUACUGUCUGAGCUGAAGGGCCUUCGUAAACGAGAGAAGGAAUACGAAGAGCACUGGCAUUCUAUGCAGGUUCUGAAGUCCGAGCUUGAGGCCCUCCGUCAACGAGAGAAGGAAUAUGAGGAGCUUUGCCACUCUAUGGAGGAGAAGCAGUCAGAGCUGGAGACAUUGCGUCAGCGAGAGAAAGAAUUCGAGCAACAGCCACAUUCUAUACAGGACGUACUGUGUGAGCUGGAGGCACUGCGUCAGCGAGAGAAGGAAUACGAAGAGCAGCUCCGCUCUGUGGAAGAACUGCAGUCGGAGCUGGAGGCACUGCGUCAGCGAGAGAAGGAAUCCGAAGAGCAGCUCCGCUCUGUGGAAGAACUGCAGUCGGAGCUGGAGGCACUGCGUCAGCGAGAGAAGGAAUCCGAAGAGCAGCUCCGCUCUGUGGAAGAACUGCAGUCGGAGCUGGAGGCGUCGCGUAACCGAGAGAAGGAUUUUGAGGAACAACUCCACUGCAUGGAGGAGCUGCAGUCGGAGCUGGAGGCAUNGUGUCUCUUCUUGAGGCUGAGGUGUCAAGGGUGGCGUCUGACGCGAAAAGAAGGGAGGAGUUUAUAA